AUGUCUGAUUCCGAAGAAUAUUCUUCAGAGGAAUCCUAUGAAUUUGAGUUCGAGGAUGAGAAUGAAGAAAUGACCGAGGAACAGGUUCCUGAUUCCGACUUGGAAAACAAAUAUUAUUACGCCAAGGGUCUUAAAGACGACUCCACGUCGACUGCAAUAAAAGAGUUUGAAGCUAUUGUAAACUAUGAAGCUACGUCGCAGGAAGAUCUCACUUGGUGUUUCCGAGCGUGCAAGCAAUUGAUAAAAUUAUACUAUAAAAAUGGCCUGUUGGAUAAGGUACUUCUGUGGGUACAACGUCUUACAAACUUGGCUCCUAAGGUUGGUUCUGCUUAUGUUGAGGAGUCAAUUGGACGACUUUUGAACCACUACAGUGUCUCGCUGGACGGUGAGUUUGUCAAGAAAUUGUACGAUAUAAUUUUGACUUACAUUUACAAUGAAGACUCGCCUGGCGCAUCGCGAAUAUGGCUCAAGAUCCACAUAAGUAAAGCUGCUUUGCUCCUUGAAGAACGCCAAUUAGGCGCUGCCUACGAAUUGAUAAAAGAAAUCAAACUGCAGCUCGAAGAAUCUUCGGAAAAUGUGCAAAAUGCUUUCAGCAUCGAGUGCUUGGCACUUGAAAUCGAGUACUACUCGCUGCUUCUGGUUCUUGAAAACCUUUCCAUUCUUCAAGAUUUGUACCGCGAUAGCUUGAAUGCAUCCACUGCCCUUACACACCCUCGGAUAAUUGGGAUAAUAAGAGAAUGUGGAGGUAAAGUAUACUUUUAUCUUCGCAACUUUGAAAAGGCUCGAUUAGAAUUCUACGAUUCUUUCAAGAGCUACGACGAAGCAGGGUCCAUCCAUAAGAAAAGACUACUCAAGUACUUGACUUUGUGUUCUUUGAUAGCAGAAAAUGAGGUUAAUCCUUUUGAGUCACAAGAGACUCAGUCGUAUGCGCAAUUGCCAGAUUAUUCAGAUUUGAUCUUCAUGAUCAAACAGUACGACGAACUCAAUCUUGACGGCUUUGAUCGAGCUGUAGCAAAGAUUGAAAAGGAUGAUGAAUUUCUCGGGAAUGAUGAUAUUUUCCAUCGGGCUACGCAACUGAUCAAGCACAACUUAAGGUCGAAAAUUCUCAUCAACCUUCUCAAAUCGUACAAAUCUAUCCGGUUCCAAUACAUUUUGGACAUGCUACACAUAUCGCAGGACGAACUAGAGCAUUUGGUGAUCCAUCUAAGCAAUCAAGGCAGAGUAUCAGGUAUAAGUAUGGACUAUUUCGACAAAAUUAUCGAGGUGGAAAAUACCGCAACUGCUCCCUUUCCUUCUCAGGUACAUCAUUCAGAUAUUUUGAAUAAUAUCAAUGCACUUGGAGCUCUCAAUUUUGGUUCUAGUGGGGUCUGA